AUGGCGGCGAAAUCCGAUGGCGGUGGCGUGGGGGUGGGCUUCGCCCAGCUGCACAACCUGGACGAGGCGGUGGGCAGCGGCGGCGAGGAGGACGGGGAGCCCGGGGGAGGCGGCUGCGGCGGCGGCGGCGACGGCAGCGAGCCCGGCGAGAGCAGCUCGCUGCACAUCUGCCACUGCUGCAACACCUCCUCGUGCUACUGGGGCUGCCGCUCCGCCUGCCUGCGCUCCCUCCUGGGCAGGAAGCCGCGCCGCAGCGCCGCCGCCGCCGCCGCCGACGGGGGGGACCAGCCGCUGCAGCCGCCCGCGGCCGCCGGCGCAGACCACGACCACCCGACGCCUGCCACUCGGCCGGAACCGCCGCCGCCGCAGGUGGAGCGGCCGUGGCUCGACUGCCUGUGGAUCGUGCUGGCGCUGCUGGUCUUCUUCGGGGACGUGGGCACCGACCUGUGGCUGGCCCUCGACUACUACCGCAAGGGGGACUACGUCUUCUUCGGGCUGACCCUCUUCUUCGUGCUGGUGCCGUCGCUGCUGGUGCAGAGCCUGAGCUUCCGCUGGUUCGUGCAGGACUACACGGGCGGCGGGCUGGGCGCCGUGGAGGGGCUCAGCAGCCGGGGCCCCCCCAUGAUGGGGGCCGGCUACGGUCACGGCGCGGCCCGCGGCGGCCCGGGCGUGGGGGGCACGGCCACGCCGGGGGCGCAGCGCCUGUGCCGCCUCUCCGUGUGGAUCUGGCAGUCGGUCAUCCACCUGCUGCAGAUGGGGCAGGUGUGGAGGUAUAUCCGCACCAUGUACCUGGGGAUUCAGAGCCAGCGGCGGAAGGAACACCAGCGACGCUUCUACUGGGCUAUGAUGUACGAAUAUGCAGACGUCAACAUGUUGCGCCUCCUUGAGACCUUCCUGGAGAGCGCCCCCCAACUGGUGCUACAGCUCUGCAUAAUGAUCCAGAAGAACAGGGCUGAGACGCUGCCCUGUGUCUCCUCUGUGACUUCCCUGAUGUCCCUGGCUUGGGUGCUAGCCUCCUAUCACAAGCUGCUGCGGGACUCCAGGGACGACAAGAAGAGUAUGAGCUACAGAGGGGCCCUCAUCCAAUUCUUCUGGCGCCUCUUCACCAUCUCAUCCAGAGUUAUCUCUUUUGCCCUCUUUGCUUCCAUAUUCCAGCUCUACUUCGGGAUCUUCGUGGUGGUUCACUGGUGUGCCAUGGCCUUCUGGAUCAUCCAUGGCGGAACAGACUUCUGCAUGUCCAAGUGGGAGGAGAUCCUCUUCAACAUGGUGGUAGGGAUUGUGUACAUUUUCUGCUGGUUUAACGUCAAGGAAGGGCGGACUCGAUAUCGAAUGUUUGCAUAUUAUACGAUAGUCUUGACCGAGAAUGCUACCUUGACGUUCCUUUGGUAUUUUUACAGAAACCCGGAGACCACUGACUCCUACGCGGUGCCAGCACUGUGUUGUGUCUUUAUUAGCUUUGUGGCUGGGAUCGCAAUGAUGCUCUUAUAUUACGGUGUGCUGCAUCCCAUGGGGCCGCGAGUUAAGAUUUUGGCCAGCUCCUGUUGUGCCGAGCUGCUCUGGGGCAUCCCUUUGCCCCCCGAUGUUGAGCCCAUGGCGCCUCAGACCCCUGGGUACCGGGGGACCCAGGUCACGCCUACCAGAGCCGUAACGGAACAACAGGAGGAUCUCACGGCUGACACUUGCUUGCCCGUUUUCCAAGUGAGACCCAUGGGGCCCUCUAUCCCGCCGGGGCGUCCUUACUACCCAGAAGGGCCCCUCAUUAAGAUUGACAUGCCAAGAAAGAGAUAUCCAGCUUGGGAUGCUCAUUUUGUAGACAGGAGGUUGAGAAGGACUAUUAACAUUCUGCAGUAUGUCACCCCCACUGCAGUAGGCAUUCGGUAUCGAGACGGACCGCUCCUUUAUGAGUUGCUACAGUAUGAGUCUUCACUCUAAGAGCAUCUUGACCCAAGUUGAGAAGGGAACCUUAAGUUUGGUUUGCAGUAAACACCGCUCACAAGAAAUAUAACCCUCCCUUCCCCCAAUACACAAAACCACCACCACCAUCA